GACGUCAGUCGCCGCCACUCAGAGCCGUUUGAGCGGCAGCAGCUUUAACGCUGAGGACACACACACACACACACACACACGGCACCGAGCUCGCACUGUACGGACACACACCCCGAGGCCGCCCAUGGCGUGUUAGCCGUGCUCUCCACCUGCCGCCUGUCUUUUCUCUCCUCUCCUCAGAAGAUGGAGCUCCGGCUGGCGUGUGGAUGGGUGACGCUUCUCCUCUGCGCGCUCCCGCGGCUGCGCGCGGCUGGCGACCUGCCGCUGUGUCAGGAGACAGACUACUACUUUGAGUAUACGGAGUGUGACAGUACAGGCUCACGCUGGAGAGUGGCUAUUCCUCACAGACAGGGCAGCUGCAGUGGCCUACCGGAGCCUGUCAGAGGCACUGACUGCACCUUCUCCUGUGAGGCAGGAGAGUUUUUGGAAAUGUCCUCUCAGCAGUGCACAGCUUGUGCUGCAGGCUCCUAUUCGCUGGGGAGCGGCGUGCGCUUUGACCAAUGGGACUCCAUUCCUGCUGGAUUUAGUAGCCUGGCAACCUACAUGGAGCCUGAGGGAUCUGGGGAUGAAUCUCUGUCCUGUAACAAUUCGUCAUGGACACCUCAGGGAACUCACCUGGAGUCGAACCGGGACGAGUGCACGGUAUCACUGGUGUAUGCGGUUCACCUGAUGAAACAGGGUUCAGUUUCUUUCGACUAUCAGUAUGUCGACAACAAUGUCUUCUUCGAGUUCUUUAUUCAGAAUGACCAGUGCCAGGAAAUGGACCAGACAGCAGACCAGAAGUGGAUCAAACUCACCUCUAAUGGUGAAUGGGGAACACAUACGGUGAAUCUGAAAUCAGGCACUAAUAUUUUGUAUUGGAGGACGACAGGCAUCUUGCUGGGAGGGAAACCUGUGAAGCCCGUCCUGCUGAAAAAUAUUCAGAUUGAAGGUGUGGCGUACACCUCUGAAUGUUUCCCUUGCAGACCAGGUACCUUCAGUAAAACCCCAGGCUCCUCAUCCUGUGAUCUUUGUCCCAGGAACACCUACUCCAACAAAGGAGCCAGCUCCUGCACACCCUGCCCAGAGGCGCAGUACUCAGAGGAAGGCUGGGCAGAGUGUAAGGAGAGGCCUCCAUGUUCAGAGAAAGAUUACUUUCAGAUCCACACCGCCUGCGACAGCAACGGCAAAACACAAGUGUUGUAUCGAUGGGUGGAACCAAAGGUCUGUGUGGAAGACAAUGUAACAGGAGCAGUAACGCUGCCCCCCUCAGGAGAGAAGGAGGACUGCCCACCCUGUAACCCAGGCUUCUACACACACAACUCCUCCACCUGCCUGCCCUGCCCACCUGGGACGUUCUCCGACGGCAUCACAGACUGCCAAGCGUGUCCUGCAGGGACGGAGCCAUCACUGGGGUACGAGUACAAGUGGUGGAACAUUUUACCCAGAAAUAUGAAAACUUCCUGUUUCAAUGUGGGAAACUCCAAAUGUGAUGACAUGAAUGGCUGGGAGGUAGCUGGGGACCACAUCCGCAGUGGAAUCGGAGGUUCUGAUAACGAUUAUCUCAUCCUGACUCUACGAGUGCCUGGUUUUAAACUCCCGACGUCUGUAGCGGGGGUGACAGCCAGCGAGUUUGGCAGAAUUACAUUUGUCUUUGAGACCAUCUGCAGCGCAGACUGUGAACUCUACUUUAUGAUGGAUGUGAACAGGAAGAGCACUAACGUGGUGGAGUCGUGGGAGGGCACCAAAAGCAGACGAGCAUACACACACAUAAUGACUAAGAACGCAUCGGUCUCUUACACGUGGGCCUUCCAGCGCACCAACAAACCUUCUGAUGUGCGUCGCUUUGUGAAUGAUAUAGUGAAGAUCUACUCCAUCACAGUCACAAAUGCUCUAGACGGAUCGGCCUCAUCCUGCCAUGCCUGUGCACUGGUGAGUCAGGAGAGCGGCUCGUCCUGUGUGCCCUGCCCUGCCGGACACUUCAUAGAUAAAGACACCAACCAGUGUCAGGAGUGCCCACCCAACACCUUCCUCUCAGGACACCAUAUCUACGGAGAGGAGGCCUGCCAGCAGUGUGGCCCUGGCAGCAAGAGCAAUAAGGAACAUUCAGUCUGUUUCAGCGACUGCUCCUUCUCCCACACGGAUCAGAACCGAACUCUGACCUACGACCUCAGUGCCUUAAGCUCGGUGGGAUCCAUCAUGAAUGGACCAAGUUUCACCUCCAAGGGAACCAAAUACUACCAUCAGUUCAACAUCAGCCUGUGUGGACCAGAGGGCAGGAAGGUGGCCGUGUGUACAGAUAACGUCACAGAUCUGUCCAGUAAGGACUUGCAGAGUGAGUCAGCUGCCCUCAACAAUUAUGUGGAGACUUUUGUUUGCCAGUCCACCAUCAUCCCAGCAGAUGGGCGUGGCUUCAGGACAGCUCUCUCAUCUCAGUCCAUCAGUCUGGCGGAUACCUUCCUCGGAGCCACAGUGGAAAGCACUCUGGAUGGAGUGAGCGUUAGGCCGGACCUCUUCCCAGAAACAUCGCGGAAACUUCCAGACAUCAACUUCUUCUAUCGCUCUCCCCGAAUCACAGCGUCGUGUGAGCACGGCCGCAGUGCCGUCAUUACCCUGCGCUGCAACCCUGAGAAAGGAGAGCGUGGAGAACUCACUGUAUCAAGUAAGUGUCCUGCAGGGACCUGUGAUGGCUGUAUGUUUUAUUUUCUGUGGGAGAGUUCCAGCGCCUGUCCAAUCUGCACUGAGGCAGAUUACCACUCAAUAGAGGGAGCGUGUAAGGGAGGCAUGCAGGACACCCUGUAUGUGUGGAAUGAGCCAAAGCUUUGUACUAAAGGGGUGUCACUCCCUGAGAAGAGCUCCGCCCCCUGUGAAGCAGUCCCUCUGUGGCUGAAGGUUGGAAUAGGGGGAGGGGCAUUUAUGGCCGUCCUCCUCAUUUCUCUCACAUGUUACUUCUGGAAGAAGAACAAGAGAUUAGAGUACAAGUACUCCCGCCUCGUCAUGUCGGCUAAUAAGGAGUGCGAGUUGCCAGCAGCGGACAGUUGUGCUCUGGCAGAAGGAGAAGGAGAGGAGAACGAAGACGAUGUCGUUUACUCAAACACUCCAUCGCUACUGGGCAAACUGAAGGCUAUUGCCAGCAAGCAGGGAGAAGGCGAGAGCAGCGAGUCUGUCCAGCUGAAGUCCUCUCAGGCAGAGAGAUGGGUGUGGGGAUAGUGCACUGCGGUCAGGACGAGGGGAAGGAGAAAGCGACAGAGACUCUCUUCUGCUUGCUGGGGCAUCUGGGCUCUCCCACCUCUCUGCACUCAUUCUCCACUGGCUUUGACCAAGUUUGGACAAUCCUCAGAAAAGUCUCAGUUGUUUAAAUACAUGUUAAAUGCAGGAAGCCUUUGCAAGCUGAACUUUGCUCCUUAAUUCAAGUAUCA